AGAUAAGAUAAUUAUGUUCGUCUGACACAACUGUUCCACACAAGCAGUGCACAUGUUACGAUCAGCAAUGGCGGGUCUCCUGUGUUUGUUGUUAUGGCUCGGGGUCUGUGCUGCAGCUGAUCUCACAAAGCUGGAAUGGUCUGACUGUGGAUCUGAUUCCGGCCUCACCAUCCACAAAAUCGACAUCUCCCCAAUGCCUGUCGUUGUCCCCGGCGACUUGCACCUCACCAUCAACGCGUCGUCGACGAGGAAGCAGCUGAACCAGAUGAAGUUGUCGGUGCACGUGAAGAGGGAUACUUUCCUCCUCAACAUCCCCAUUCCCUGCCUCUUCCACGUCGGAUCAUGCACCUAUGACGACACAUGCACACUCCUAGCGACGAUGCAGAAGGAGAAUUGGGCCGGCAUCAUGGGCGACAUCGGGCUCCAGAUCCAGCAGAUGCUGGCGUCUGUGGGAAUUACGACAUAUUGUCCCGCUGUAGUCCAGAGCAUCGACCUCCAGGACUAUGUACUGAAGAUGCCGGCCGUUCCCUCCAUAUUGUCCUGGUUCGCGGAAGGCAACUACGAAGCUACUGCGACGGCCGUGGACACAGCGACGGGGGAACAGAUGCUGUGCCUCAACGUGAAGCUGACGGUGAAGGAGAAGAAAGAGCCGUGCACGGGGUGGCUGUGUGGACGUCGGCGCCGCAGCCAGCACUAGCUGAACACCAAAGUCGCACAUUCGUCAUCAGUCGCCCCUUUCCGUAACAGGUGGCCACAUAUGGAACCAACUUUGGUACUUCGUCGAAGCCUUUAACGCCUUUAUAAAUUUAUGUAAAACGGGAAUUUCUAAUUUCAUACUUUAUGAUAUAAUUGUAUUUAUCAAAUCAGCUUUGUAAAUUCCUUUUGUAUUAAUUAUUGUAUUCACUACCUACAUUAAAGGAAAUUACUUUAGCAAAUAGUUCUAUUUUGCCAUUGGAUUUAUGCAAUAUGUAUUAAACAUGAUAAACUUUAGAAUCAUGUUCCUUCGGUAUUGGGAGCAUGCUUGUGAACACAUGACAACGCCGUUUGUCUUCAUUUAACAUCCAUUGUUUGCCCUGACACAUCCUGGAAGUAACACUCGUACUUUCCAAACAUUUGCAUUCAUGUUUAACACUCACAAAUAGAUUGUGCAUUCCUAUAUCCCAUGACAUUAACAUUCCCAUGGCUGUUAACCUGGUAGAGCAUAACGUUACAAUCUGAGACACCUGGCCACGUGUACACCCGAGCACACGGCCACGUCAAGUCCAUGGGAUAUUCACGUGUAUAAGUAAGACUGUUCCACAGCAUACUCAGCAUUCCCUUACAUCUUCAUUAAAUAGAUUUCCGAUAUACUUCAGGCGACUGUAUAGUGACUGCACCAACUGAUUUAACUCACUGUUUUAUUUAAGCGAACAAUAUUGACUGACAUGAUUAUUCGAUUGAAGCAUAGGUCUUUCAAAAUAGUUCUUUCUGACGUUUUUUGCGAAUGUUUUCUAUCCGAUCGCCAAAACAGCCUGUUUGUUCCACAAAUAUGAAAUCCUUACAGGUCUGUCUAUCUUAAUAUCUACCCAUGCUUUCACCAACACAAAAUGCUUGACAAUUAGUAAAAUAUAUUUGAAAGCAGAAGAAUAUGGAGAUUUGAUCUAACUUAAAGAUGACAACGUCAAUAUAUGAUGAUUUGGUAGCAUCAAACUAAACAGUAAAGAACCGAUUAACUUGAAAGGUAAAGAGAGACGCAGAGUCUCUCUCUAGAGUCUCUGAUACCUCUGAUGUUUAAUAAACUGGUAAAGAAAGAAGAAAACACACACACACUAACAUAUGUUCAAGGUUAUUUGCUAGAACCAGGAAACGCCUAACAAACUAGCUGUCUUCAACUGAAUUGUCUAGUAAAUAAGGUAUUGCUCUAUCUUAAAUUAUGUGUAAUUUAUGUUUCUGCCUUAGAAGAAAUAUGACCGCGAUACACUUAAUUGUUAACACUUCACUCUUCCCCCUCAUUGUAUAAGUCUUCUUCAUCCUUUACGUAUUUUAAGAGGGUUUUGUCUUUCUUUCUGAAUCCACUGGGUGUACUAUUACCCAAUGAUGGAUCUCGGGGUUGAUCUUUGCGUAGAUGAUUUUCUAUGUUUGUUAUAGGCUUAAUAUCACGUCUUGUUCAAUAAAGUGUUGAAUAUUU